AUGUACCAAACCACCACCUCCGGUAGUACUAAUGGGAAUUCGUCUGCUACUUUAAAUACUCACCCGACACAUCUAUCCUUCAAAAUAGUUCAAACAGAUACUUGGACUGAUUUACUUCAAAAAUUCAAUUUACAAGAAUCGAGAUCGAUCUCGAUUACUCAAUUAACGAGUUCCAAUGAUUAUCAGUUAGCAUUACGUUGCACAGAUGGACUACGAAUAUUUCAAUUCUUACCACAACAGAAUACUUGGAAAGAAAUAUUGUAUGAAGAAGUUUUUUGUGAUAAUAAUGGAUUCGAUAAAGCAUGUUAUCCUGUACAGUUUUGGAAAAUACCUUCAUUAAACAAAGAAAUAUUAAUUUCUAGAGUUCAACAUGGCUUUUAUUUCGCUGAUUAUGAUGUAUCACAACAGAGAUUGCACCACUUAGCACAAGAUACACUUUUUCCAGAUUCCAGUCGUUGGUAUGAUGAAUGUAAUCUAUUACAAUGGGGUUCAUUUUAUGGAUCGGAUACGCCACUAGGAUUAUUUACUCGACAUAUUGAACAAGGCGUUCGUUUUUAUAUACUCAAUCCGAAUGGUUUUCAAGAUAAACAACGUCCAAUAUGGAAAGAUGAAAAGACAAAUAAGAGUCUAUCAUCACUGUUACCGCCAACCGCCAAUGAUGAUCAUUUUGAAUUUGCUGAUAUUCGAAGCAAUGGUACAACAAAUAUUAUUCGUCAAAAUGAUCAAGGACUUUCUAUUUACGGUUUUCAAAUGACGAUCGAAGGCUUUGUUCUCACAGAAUUAAUCAAAACUAAUCUAUGUAAUAAAGAUUCAGGAUGGCGACCAGGACGAGAUAAACUAUGGUUUGUUCGCCUAACGAAAAGCCAAUUUUCUAAUUUAGUGUUAUUGCAGUUUGAUGGCUUAAGAGUUUAUCAAUAUAUCGAAGAAGAAAAACGCUUUGAUUGCUUGAAUCAUGAUACAUCUAUGGCAGAACGAUUUGGAUGGCAUAAGGAACAUUCUGAUUCUUUGUUAUUUGAUGAUAUCAGUGGUGGCGGUCUCAUGCAAAUGAUUUACACCGGACCUCGCGGUUUGACAAUAUGUUCUUUUAAUCCUGAUACUCGUAAAUGGGAAAAUAAUUUGAAUCCGGAUCAAUUAAAUCUACAAAACAAAUAUGCUAUUCCUUUCAUGUGUAUUCCUUCGAACAGAAGUCCAACUCAAACAUCUAUAUUGAUUACAAAGCAUAAUGGCCAAUUGAACUGUUUAACAAUUGAAAAGGAAAUUGUUCAGUCGAAUUUUGUAGAAAAUGUAUCAGUAUCAAACUUAAAACCAUCUCCAAGCAGUCCAUCCAAAAGUCAAGAAAUGAAAGUUAUAAAAUCAAGACUAGUUCCACCACAAGGUGAACUUAUGGAUCGACCAAAAUCUGUCUCGUUUUUACGAGAUACUCUUGAUAUUAAGCCUUUACUAUCUGCUGUUAAUACUAAUAGCGGUAAAUUGGACUUUACUUUGCCUUUUCUAAGUUUGAAUACAGGAUCUAAUGGUUUGCAAAUGCAAUUAGCAUUACGAUAUCAAGGCAUUAAUCAGCAUGCGUCAAUUUUGGGAGUUGGGUGGGGUCUUGUUGAAGAUUAUAUCGCCGUAGAUUAUCAAGGGAAUGUUGAUCCUCUGACACAUCGUUAUUAUUGGGCAACGAGCCAUGGUAGUAUGCCACUAUUGUGUCGAAGUUCACAGACUGCUCAUAUCCAAAGUUUCAGGUUGGCUACUAGCUAUCAUUUAUUUUUAAUCAAAAGUUUAAAUGUCAACAGCCUGCCUGAUAUUCAAGAAAACGCAAUUAUUCUAGUUGGACCAAUAGAAAAUAAUGAUUACUACGCAUAUCGUAUACAAAAUAAUCAAUGGCUAACAAAUACUGAAGAUAAUCAGUUAACCAAAACUUUAAUCAAAAAUAUUGAUGUCAACAACUUAGAGCCAGUAAAUCCAAAUGGACUAAUUCAAAUCACUGAUAAAAAUUUUAAGAACAUUGUCAAAAUCAUACGAAUGGCUACUUUAAAUGAAAAUUAUUUUGAUAUGAAUAUAACUUAUUAUUCGGAUAAACAAUAUUGGGAAAUGAAGACUUUGGAAGGAGAAAAGCGAAUAUAUGGUAAUGCUGAACAGCAAAUCGGUACAACUGAUGCUAUUGCUUGGACAAUUGGUUGGGAAAAUUGGUUAGGAAUAGGAAAUGAUACGAAAUACCAAAAACGAUAUCCUGUAAGAUGGCACUUGAAAGAAAUUCACGGAUACGAAGCCGAAAAGAUUACUUACAAUUAUGAGAAUGUUCAACGUCAAGUAGGUAAUGAAUCAUUUACACAAUCUGUCUAUCUUAAAUCAAUAUCGGAUAAUUACAAUAGUACUGUUCAGUUCAAUUAUGAAAAUAAGUUCUUAGAAGAAUACCAAGAACCUAUUCUCAAUGAUGGAGAUGGGAAUUUAAAACUCUCUUCAACAUUUGGUCAAUAUUUGAAAAAUAUCAUAAUUACAACUCGUGUAAAUGUUCAAACAAUUGAAUUUAAAUAUCAACUUCAAAAUCAAAUUCGUCAAUUAGUUGCAUUGUCCCAACUAGAAGAUACAGACCAAGAUCCAAUACUGGCAUUUUCUUAUAAAGACUAUGAUAGUUCUACCCAAUUAGAUCAAAUAUGUUUGCCUAGUGGAGAAAAACUCAAUUUUAUUUAUCAUAUUAAUAAACUUAAACGCAUCGGACACUCUUUAGAUUUUUAUUCAGGACAAUAUGUUCUACGCGAACAACCUCAGAUUACAAGUGGACCGAAUUAUUUAAUCUUAAGUGAAGUCUCCGGAGGAAUAUUAAAUUUUAAAAUUUUACAAAUUGAUAAAUAUCCUUUCGUUAAUGUACCAAGUACUCAACAAGUAUCUAUGUAUCGAGCUUUUGCUUGUCAAGAUUAUUUUGGAUUCAUUAUCAAAAACUAUGACAAUACAUUUACAUUAUCGCUUUACCAUCGUGAUUCGAGUGGUGAAUGGCUUGUUAAACCCAAACAAUAUUCAACAUCAGACUUGAAAAUACAAUGGGUUGAUAAUGUUUUAAUUAUCGUCAAUCCACAACAACAAAUCAUUAUCAUUGAUUGGAAUCUUGAACAACAGGUUUGGCAAGACAAAGUUUUAUCAAGACCUGCAAACGUUUCCCAAAAUUCACAAAUUUUCUUUGCUAUAAAUCAAUCUCUUGUAGUAAUUUAUGAUGAUCAACAUCUGUGGAUAGGACAUCGAGAUUUGAAUAAGAAUUGGCAAACAAAAUUCCUUAAACAUAUUCCAAAUUAUUUAUCAAAAAGUAAACAAACACUUGAGAAAUUUGAACUAAGCUCAGCCUCAUCAGAAAAACUUUAUGACUAUUUAAAACAAUACGUAUUACAAUCUUAUAAUAAUAUUAUAUGUGUAUCGUCAUGGCAAGAAGAAAAUGGUUACCUAAAAUCCGUAAUAAGUAUUUUUAUAUUGGAUUCAAGCUAUAAUAUUCGAUUUGAAAAGUUGGAUACAGUCAUUCAACAAGAAUCUUACAAAGAGAUAUUUUCAAAGCCUCAAGAACAAGAAUUUAUUAAAGACGAGAAAAUCACGUAUCGUUUAAUGUAUCAAAAAUGUAAUAACAAAUUUCGAGUUGUUUUCGAACCUCAAGAAGUGACUAAAGAAGUAAAAGACGAAAAAGUGAAACGUCUUCGUCUAUAUCAAUUAAAUAAUCAAGAAAUUAAAGUCACUAUUCAAGAUGUUAAAGGAUUUGUACUUUUUAAUAAACAAACGGGAAAAUGGUUUACAGAUAUGACUGAAAAUUUACGAACUGAUUCUCAAUUUGUAGCUGAAUAUUUUCAAGAUAUAUUAUUAGUUGAUUUAACUAAAUAUCUUCCUCAGCUUAAUAUCAAUCAAAUUACAUGUGGCAAUAAGAAAUGGUUAUUUGAUGGAUAUCAAUGGCAAGAAAAAAUCAUUGAUGAAGAUAUAUUACAAGGAAAUAAAUUUGUUUAUACAUUAGGUCAAGAUUAUAUAUUACAUAAAGCAAAUAAAGAAGCUUCGUUUAAACUUUAUAAACAAGAUACGAAAGGACAAGCAACUGGUGAUUGUUUGUUUGAUUUUACUGCAUGGUCUUUGGAAAAUAUUUACAAUGGGUAUCCAAAUUAUAUCGCUUAUAAACCCAAUAAUAAUUGUAUUUUCAUUUUGCCAAUUAAAAAGAAAAAAAUAGGUACUGCUUAUUAUGUAGCAGAUGGUAAUUUAACACCAUGGAGUAAUUCACAAUUGUUAGUUAUUUCUCAAUCUAAUUCACAAGAAGAAAACAGUCAAAUCUUUACGAUCUAUUCAAAUCCUGGACGCUGUGAACCGUAUCUCGAUCCAGUCAUUGUUAAAACUAGUUUGGAAAUAGGAAAUGAGAAACGAUAUACUGGUUAUCAUUAUUACGAACAAUCCACGAUUAUUACGAAUGAAAUCAUCAUGUAUUCUAAGACAGAUAUAAUUCCAGGUGCUGACAAGUUACGUCAUGGAUGGAUUGAAAGUAAUAAUGAAUCAGAUAAUAAUGUUCAACGACGUUAUUUUAAUGCCAAAAAAGAAGAAAUUUCAGCUCCAUUAGAAAAUAAAAAGCCAUACAAUUCGAGAGAUAAUUCUGAGCCUGAAUCACUACCCGAUCCAAAGACAUCUUUAUUUAUAAAUAAAACAAAAUUAGAAAUAGCUCAAUUUUACAAUGCAAAUCUUCUAGACGAGGAAGCUGCAUAUCUAGGUUUUGAAUCUUAUGAAAUAGAUUAUGCACUAGGAUGGAAAUAUCAACGUCAAAAUUUAAUAAACAAUGAUUGGUCGUUAACCGGAGAGUAUUGCUUACGAUUAAAGAACAAAAAUGAUUUUCUACGUCGAACUUUUAAUCCAAAAACUCAAAGUCGUUCUUAUCAAGCAGCAUGUUGGAUGCGAAUUACAAAUGAAAACCCUGAGUCAAUUGAUGCUUUUAAAGCGAUUAUUAAAACAAACAAAGAAGACAUUGUCGGGAUUGUAACAGCUAAUUUAUUAAUUUGUCGAGGUGAAUGGUGUUAUUUCGAAAUCAAUAUUGAUCUACCACAAAUUAAAAAUGAUGGAGCUUUAACACCCAUCUAUUCGGCAAAAGUGAAUGAUAAACUUUACUUUUUUCAAGAAGAUGCAAUUGAAAUUGAAGUGGAACAAAAUCCUGGUUUUAGUGCUUUGGGUAUUUCACGAAGUACAGCAGCUGAACAACUCUUUUCUAAUGCACAUGAUCUUGAACUACGUUCUUUAGUAGCUCCGGAAAUACAGAUCGCGUUCUUACAAAAUACAUUACCGGAUAUAAUGGUGAACAAAUCCGCUUACAAAAAUAUUCACGAACGAUAUAAACAACAUCAAGCAAAUGUUAAUCAAUGUGUUUAUCAAAUUAAUGACAAUAUUGGUUUAAAAGAAAAUCAACGAUUGGACUUUAUGAAUCUUCUUGAGCAUAUUAAACAACAACCAAAACAUAAAGUAUAUUAUCAACAACUUAAUGAACUAAAAGUUAUUUCCGAUCGAAUUAAAGUGGAACUAGAGAAUUAUUCAAAAGCAGAAGAUACUUUUAAGGAUUUUAUAAAACAUGUAAUUGAUACACAUGACUAUCUAACUUAUCUUAUCAAUACGCUAGACGAUCAGACAAUAAUCACUUCCGCCUUCGAUGCAAUAGCCAGAUUGAAUAAUAUUCGUUUUUAUAUUUGGAAAACAAAUUCAAAUAAUGAAUUGAUUUUAUUUCGGACCAAUGAAGAGAAAGUCAUCAAACCACAACAAACUGUACAUUUAUCAUAUCCAACAAGUUCUGCACCGUUUCAAAAGCUUAUUGAUGUUACUAACAAAUGUUUGCCAAAAGAUAAACGUGAAUCUCUCAAACAAGGGCAUGAAAACCUACUUAUUGAUUUAAUUGUUCAACCCACAAACGACUACAGUUUGGAUAUUGAUCAUAUACGUUUUAGUCCUCGUGAUCAACAAUUCUAUGCACGUAUAUAUCAUCCACAAACGUAUCAAGUUACCGCUCUUCUCGAUGGAAAUGGAAGCAUCAAAUAUAUAUUUUAUAAUCAGCAAUAUGAACCUUUGGCGGUCAUGGACUGGAGCAAAUACUUGAAUGAAUUAAGCAUUCAUGGUAGGCAUGGUACGACCUUACGGUUUGGAAGUACGUUGGCACGUGAACAACCACGAAGCCAAAUGAAAAUAAAACCAAUGCAUGGAUUCUAUGAAGAUUUUUCUAAAACUUCAUUCGAAGAAAGAUGGUUGAUUGAGACAGUUAAUAAUUGGAAACGAAUGCCUGGAUGUCUUAGUCAUACAGGUAAAUCACGUGAUAGUUUAAUACUACAAAACGAAUGGAUAGACGAAUAUUCAGCUGGAUUCCACGUACUGUUAGAUUUAAAAUCUGACGCUAAAAUAGAAAUUAAAUGUCAUCAGCAUUCAAUCAUAGUAGAAUGUCUUAAUUCAGACAAAACAAAUUUAAUUGUCAAUCAUAAAAGUAUCAGUUCAGUGCCGUCUUCUGGCGAAUAUUUGAUAGUCGCUGAAGGAAAUCGAUUAUGGUUAUGGAUAAACGGUCAACUGCAAAUAGACCAAGCAUUUGAAGUUCGUGUCAAUAAUUCGAAUUAUUUAUCGCUAAACUUAACUGGAAAUGUUUCUCUCAGUCAACUUUUUCUGUUUAGCAAGGCUGCAAUUGAUGUAGUCUAUAAAAAUAUUUUAGAUGAAGAAUUACAAACUAUUCAAUUGGAAAGCUCUCGAUCGGCUAUUGUUUCUCAAACAUUAUACGAUGAUUUAGGUCGACAGGCAAUAGUGAUUAAGCCAACACAAAUUAUUGUUGAUGAUGAUAAACCUCUACUAGCAUUUCAGAAUGAUUUUAUUCAAAAUGGACUUAUUCAUCAAAAUAAUAAUGUUUGGCAAACUGGCAAAUUAAUCGGUACAGUCAACAAAUUCAAUCCAAAGGAUGAAGGUUAUUGUUAUUCGGAAGUUCGAUAUGCAGACAAUCCAUUGAAUGAGAAGAGUAGUACGGGACAGCCAGGACGUUUAUUUAGAGUGAACGAAAUUGGUUGUUUGAAAUACACACGUGAUGCUCAAUCCAGCUUUAUUAAUUUAUUAUUUCCAAGUACAAAAGGCUACUCAGUACAAGUUUGUAUUCAACCAAAUGGAACAAAACAAAUCACUGUAUUAAAUUUACGUGGAAAUCAAGUAGGAUUGUAUGUCUAUACUAACAUGGGAAAUAAUUUGUUGACUACAUAUGAAUAUAAUGAUGAAGAUCGACUUAUUAAAGUGUUACCACCUGCUUAUCAUGCACAUCGCGAUAUUGGUACUUUAAGUCAAGUAAUACCCUACGCACAAUUGAUGAAUCAAUGGCAAGCAAACGAACAACAACGAAAGCUUCAAAAUAAUUUUUCUACUAGAAUGACUUAUGACAAAGAUGGACAAGUUAUUGAAAGAAUUUCACCAGAUACAAGUAAACAGAUUUUAAUUUAUAGUCGUGAAAAAUUGUUACGAUUUAUUUUACAAUAUGAUAUUAAUGGUAAAUCGUGUCGAGUAGUGUAUAAUCAAUAUGAUACAAGAGGUGAUCUUGCUAGUCAAGGAUAUAGUACGGAAUGCUUAAGUCAAGAAGAUUUGCAAAAUCUUGCUAAUAAUUACGGUGAUUUACCUAAAGCAAUUCCUUACCUUCAAACAGUCAAGAAUAACAAUUCGACAAAUGCAAGCUUUAGAAGUAAAUCAGUCGUUUCAAUAAUAGUCCAACUGGGAGGAAUAUGGAGAGAGUCCUCAACUUAUUUACAAGAAGGAAAACUAUCCACUAGGGAAAUAACGACGUUUAGCGAUAAUAUAUCACACACUCAUCGUGUCGAUUAUACUUAUUUUGGUGAACAUGUUUCCAGUAUCACUUAUCCGAUGUUAUAUAAAAAUCAGCCACUAAUCGUUGCUUAUUCACGUAAUAAACAAAAUCGAAUAACUGCGAUAGGAACACCUGAUAAUGUAGAGCAAUGGGCAAAAUUUAAUUACUCUGCACAUGGACAAGUUUCGGAUGAAAUGCAUAUUUCAAACAGUUUUGCCACCCAUUAUGAUUAUAAUUCUCCUGGAUAUUUAGAAACUCUUCAAAAUAAAUAUCUCAAUGAAAUUGUUUAUUAUACCGAAGGAAGUUAUGGUCAAGGUGGAUUUUUUGAUGGUACUAUUGCACGAACACAAUUUAAAGCACUAUGGCUUGAUGAUUGUGAUAGACGCCGUUUGUCAUUAAGUCCAGAAACUUUUCGAGAACGUCUAGAAACAGCUGGAACGCAUAUAACUCUAAAACAAGCUGAAUAUUACUUAAAACUCUUGGAAAAUGCUGGCUUUCUCGACAAAAACCGACGUGUCAUCAAAGCAUUUUUGCCAAGAGAGUCUGCUUUGUAUUUACCUCGUGACUGUGGGGGAACUUUUGGUUAUAAAUUAGCAGAGCUUUUAAACAAGUGUUUUACGCAAGAUUAUGGUCAUCAAUAUAGUUAUGGUAAUCAUAUGGAACUUGUGAAAGCAAAAUAUAUUGUGGGUGACAAGAGUUUAAAACCUAUUCAACCAUCUAGCUUUGAAGCAAAAUCAAGUGGAAUUACUUCAAAAGAUUCACAAUUAAUUUGGGAAAUAUUGGUUGACGAGAAUUACAUUCAACCGGACAACGAUGAUGGAAUCCAUUUACAAGGAAAAGUGAAUACAGAUAGAUGGAUUGAUUAUGAAGCAUUAAAAAAGAACUUAGGACAAUUUGCUGAUUAUGAUCAUCUACUUGCUACGGUACUACAAAAAUAUAUUUCACAAAGAGCAAUUUUAUUAUUCGAAAAAUUCCAAAAAAUCUUUUUAACUUGGUUACAAGUUGAUACAGAUACACAACCAAAAUCGAUUGCAAUUUAUCUCGAAACGGCAAAAGAUAUCUGGACAAUUCUCUCGAACAAAGGAUAUUUGUAUUCGACAAAUAAGUCAUGCUCUCUGUUUAAAGAAGAAUUUUAUCAAAAACUUACGAAUUAUCAGAUAUUCAUACCUGAAAUCAUAGGUGUCCUUCAGGAGCACUCUUCGUGUCAAAUGGGCGAAUCGGCUUGUGAUGUUGAAGCUUAUAUGAUUGAUGAAAAUGGAAAUCAUCGUCAUUAUUGGACAGGUUAUUCACGUUAUGAAUUGCAAUACAAUGAAACGAACAAUCAAAUUGAAUAUAUCGAUUAUAAAUCUAUGUCAAGAGAUCAAACAAAAACAAGUUUUAAAAUGAUACAUGAUGCAUUGGGAAAUGUAACGAAAGCAGAACAUCGAGGAAUCAUGGAAAUUAUCUAUGAUCCAACUACAAAUCGGCCUAACAUAAUUAAAUUACAAGAUGGUCGUCAAAUUUCUUACGAUUAUGAUGUUCAGGGUGAACGAGUUCGAAAACAUGUCAUUAAUGGAAAAGGAGAAAAACUCAAGGAAGUUUUGUACUUACGUGAUGGUGAAGGACGUUCAUUAGUGGAAAAAGUAAUUGAUUUGGCUGAUUCUGAACGUUAUGAACAAUAUACGGGCUACAUAUAUGGUCCUAAAGGUCUUAUUGGUUUCAUAAGAAACGACCAGUUUUAUAGUGUUAUCUGUGAUCAUGAAGGAUCCAUCCGAUUAAUUGUCAAAAAUCAAGAAGUAGUAGCCGCUUAUGAUUAUCUUCCUUAUGGUAAUUUAAUACGACAAUAUGGCAUUCCUCAAGUACAAAUUGCUUAUCGAUAUACUGGCCAAGAAUGGGACGAAGAAACAGGCUUGUACAAUUAUCAUGCACGAUUGUAUGAUCCAGAUAUUGGUCGAUUCUAUCAAAUUGAUCCUCAAGAACAAUAUGCUAGUCCUUACAAAUAUGCUGGAAAUUCUCCAGUUUCAAUGAUUGAUCCAAGUGGUGAAAUUGCCUUUUUGCCUAUCAUGAUUGGACUAGGAUUGCUUGGUGGUUAUUUAGGAGGAAGUGCAGCAAACAAUAAUUGGUGUCCUUGGGAAUGGGAUAUGACGAAGGCUAGUACUUAUAUAGGAAUUGGUGGUGGUAUAUUAACUGGCGCAUUAGCACCCGUAGGAUUUGUAGCUUCACUUAGUACCCUAGUGGCUUUGGGAUUCACUGCUGCUGGAGCUAUCGCUACUGGAGGUUUGAUUGGUGCAGCUACUAUGUAUUUGGGAAUGGCAGCGGCAAAUAAUAAUUGGAAUCCGGUGCAAUGGCAAUGGAGUCGACCGAUGACCUGGAGUAGUGGUUUCCAAGGAUUUGUUUUUGGAGCUAGUGCAAUAGGCGGAAUCGGUGCUUGGCACCAAUACUAUACCACUCUUGGAGUAGGUAAAUGGGUAUUGGCCAUUAGUAGUGGAACACUUUCAAUCGGCAUGGCAUAUCUAAGCUGUGCGGCAGCCAAUGGUAGUUUUUCUGUUAAACAAUGGAGACUAAGUCCAGGUACAGUAUUCGCUGGAUUUGGGGGUGCUUUCGGUGGAUUUAUGGCACCCUUAGGAUUUGUGUAUACAGGAAAAUUCAUCAGUUCGUUUGAAUCUACCAAUGCUCGACUAUUAAUUGGGUGCGCAACAGUUGCUUCAGGUGUAGGUACAGCCUAUUUAUUUGGUAGUGCCGCUAAUAAUAGUUUUAGUAGCUGGGAUAUGUCAUCACCUAAAACUUAUGAAUCAAUCAUCGGUGGACUUUUAUUAGGUAUUAGUUUACCUGGAUUACCAAAAGCAUUCAAAGAUGGUUUGAAAAAUACUUCGAAAGGUUGGACACGUAUUAAGAACAAAGAACAUUUUAGAAAUAGAAUGUAUGAAUCGGAUCAAAUACUUGCAAAUGAAAUUCUUGAAACGGUCGAUGCACAGGUUAGAGAUCAAAACCCUAAAGCGCCAAAACCAACUAAAGAUGGUGCUAUUUGUAUUGUAACAACUGAAGACGGAAAAAAAUUUUAUGCCUUUUCCGGUCCAGAUGGAAAAGCAGUUUUUCAUGGAGAAAUUCCUGUAGGUGGUGCUAAUGCAGAUAUUCAACCUAAGGUCACUUAUUCACCAAGCACUGAUAUGCCAUUUUCUCUAGUAGAGGAAGCACUGGGCAUUACCCAGGCGACGGUAUCGGAGCAAGCGCAGCAAUCUGGGAUGCCGAUUGAAAGAAAUCAAACUCAACCUCGUGCUCCAGGAAAUUGCGGAGAACCACGCGCUAUGGUCUUAGCGUUGAAAGCUGGCAAUACGACACAACGCAUAUCAUCAUUUAGUACAUUUCAAAGAACUGCAAAUGGCGCAAUUCCAAUGGAUGCAUGCGGUAAUUGUCAACAAUAUGUUCCUGGAAACAUAUAUACAGAAAGUGUUUUUCAUAAUCCUUUUCAAAAGUCAUUUCAUUAUGUGAUCUUCUCAGUACAAUUUUCAAUGCAGCAACUUCAUUGGAAUAGUAGCAAGGAAUCUCCGAAAAAAAAUGCUUGA